AUGGAAAACGUUACAUGUAAAAAGUGGCAAAGAAGUGAAAAUUGGCUGAAGGAAGAUAAGCAUUUAUUGAUGGAUUUGGUAAGGGAGCGUGUAUCAGUAAUUGAAAAUAAAAAUACUGAUACAAAUACAAACUCAAAAAAGCUAGCAGCAUGGGCAGAUUUAUUAUGCAGUUUCAACAGUAUAUGUAAAGGUGGCACUUGCACUCUUCCCCAAAUAAAAUCCCAAUGGAGCAUCAUUAAAAUGACGAAAAAGAAAAUUAAGUCCGUCGAACGAAAGAAUCUUCGCCAGACUGGUGGUGGUCCACAUCCAACUACGAACCCUGAAAAUGCAGACGACAUUUGUUCAUGGCUCCCUAACGAAUUUGUCAUUGACACCAAUGAAUUUGAUUCUGAUGAAAUAAAUCAGAUUGGGGAGCCAUCGCAAAAUAAAAUCAAAGUGGAUGGGAUAAAUAAACUUGUCAAUGUUGAAAACAAGUCUUCAGAUAAUGACACAAAGAGUACAAUAAAGGAUGUCACAGUAGAAAUACUUGAGGAGAUCCAAACUACACGAGAGCCAUCUAUUACUGUCACCGAGCAAAACCUGGCAGACCGAGUUCGGUAUAUCUUACGCUCAAGUAUAUUUGAUGGCGCCGAACUCGAACGGCUACGACGUGAGGCUGUUCCCUCAUCAAAUGAAAACGCUACGACUGGGGGUGCGGUGCCACAAGUUGCAAAACAACCCGCACACGUGGAAGCCGCCGAGAAUACCCCAGUGGUUGCUGAUUCAAAUGAUGAUGGAACAUUCACCCAGGAACUAGAAAUAGAGCAAAUGAGGAGUACAUUGGAAGAGGCGAUUAUGGAAACGCGCAGUACGCCUCUCGAAAAUCGACCGCGACUUCCCCGCAUAGCCCUAAGCAAGCGGAAUCGGGCUGUCGUGAGGGCUCUUAACCCAAUGCUGGUGACCUAUUUGGAAGCCAGCUGGGACCUUUGCGAUACGGACUCAAUUCUCUUUGGCGCCGCACUGGCAGUCUGCCGUAUUAUAGGCGCCAAACUUUCCACGGCUGGACGCACUACUGGACAAAGUAGUGCUAUCCCAGCCUGGAGAACAAGAAUUGAACAACGUAUCGCAAGGGCUAGGGCCCUCAUCGGCAGACUGAUAUGCUUCAGGUCAGGUAAUACCAGGCCAAGGAUUGUGCGCACCGUCAGGAUGGCGUUUGCUGGGACAAGUGUUAGUUUGUCCCAGCCGGAUAUAAUGCAAAAACUGACGGAACGCAUAGACGACCUGAAGCAGAGAAUCGCUGCUUGGGGAAAGCGAAUUCGGCGAUAUACCGAGAGGUUCACAUGGUUCAACCAGAAUCGUCUCUUCCAGAGUGAUCAGAAGAGGCUCUAUAAAUCAUUGGAGCGACCAAUGGUAAGUGGAACGGGCCCAGUAACGAAUCAGGCCGACACGGUCGCAUUCUGGCGCAGCCUGUGGUCAGAGCCCGUAAACCACAACGAGGGCCUUUGGACGGAAGUUGUGGCGAGUCAGUGUGCGGGUAUUACGCCCAUGGACCCCGUCACCAUAACGCCGGAUGACGUAGCAGAGGCGGUCCGUAGGGCCCGAACUGGAAAAGUCCGGGACUUGACGGGCUGCAUCACUACUGGCUGA